AUGGACUCACCUGGGUCUCAGGGUGUCCCACAAUUCUCCAGCUUCCGACCCCCAGCCACUGCUACCAGCUCGGAACAUGAACAUCGCCGGCGUCGCCCAGACCAUCGUCAGCGCGCAGAUCGGAAAGAGUCUCCGCGAUCCCGUCGCCAUGAAAGGCGCUCAGAUGGUGGUCGCCGAGAGGCGACAGGUAGAGAAAUAAAGGAGCGUGUGAGUGGGGAAAGAAUUGACGAUGUAAACGCUGCAAACGAUGAGGCAAACAAAGGAUUUGUCGUCGACAGCCGCGGCGACCGAGACAGUACACGUUACGGCGUGGAUCGUUACGAGGUCCCUGCAUACCAUCGCAAUGGCAAUGGUUUUGUACUUGGGCUCCCUAACCAGCGCAUUGAUUACAAAACGCGAUAUGACCAGGGUCCUCUUCUCCUUCUUCGCCCCGACUCAGGCUUCUCUGCAACUUCUACAGCCAAGCCUCUCUCUGCCGAAACCCUAUCUGCUUUGUCCGUCAAUCUUCCCACUCGCCUCAAGUCUGAUCUUAAUGCCAAACUUGCUGCUCAGACCCAACAUUCACAAAAUUUUAUCUCAACAACGGUCUCAUCUCAACCCAGUGCUGCGGAAACCGCCAACUUGGACAAUGAACCACCGUCCUAUCGCUCCAUCGACGACCCGUCCAAGUCCGAAGAAGUCACUGAGGAGUUUGAUGCAAACGCCUUCACUAGAAUUGCUCUUGAAGCUGAAAUCUUGAAACGCAAUGCUAGGUUGAACAGCGCAGUGGCACAACAGCCUAAUGACAUCCAAGCAUGGAUCCGUCUUGCCGAGCAUCAGGAAAUCGCUAUAACUGGCGCUAGAUCUGGUGACCGGAAGUCCCACCACGAUGAUAUCCAAGUUGUGGCAAGAGCCAAGCUGUAUGUGUAUGAAAGAGCGAUCAACGCCAACGCACAGAAUCCCGAACGCGACCACCUGUUGCUGGGCCGUAUGGAAGAGGGUGCGAAAGUCUGGGAUGCAACAAAACUCGCAUUGGAAUGGGACGCAGUCCUCCGGCGCCACUCUGAGUUCAUCAGUUUAUGGAUUCAGUAUCUCGACUACUGUCAGACUGACAGUCAGGAUUUCAACUUUGACAGUUGCUUCAAGACUUACACCUACUGCUUGAGGAUCCAUUCACGUGUUGGCUUCGGACCACAGAAAACCUUUAUCAGAUCAUACUUGCUGCUCCGUUUGACACUGUUUCUUCGAGAAUCUGGGCAUGUAGAGCUAGCUGUCGGUCUAUGGCAAGCAGUGCUCGAAUUCACAUGCUUCCGUCCAGCCCAUCUAAUGGAGAAGAAAGACGAGGCCCUAUGCACAAACCCCCGUGCCCCUGUCAACGAACGUGUUGACGCUUCUGAGGCGGAUAUCCGAGACUUGUUCCCAACAUGGGCAUUUGCAGAAAGAGCGAAGAUGUUUAAAAAUCGCAUGCCGUCACACACCUUUGAUGAAUCCAGAGAGAAUGACUCUUUCCGAGUGGUCCUUCUUGAAGAUUGCACGCAGAUACUGCCGUACUUCUGUGACUUGGAGCAAAGCCUGGGUCCCCUAGUUGAUGGCUUCUUGUAUUUCUGCCAUUUGCCCCACUUGACCCUACCUGCGAGCAUGCACACCAGCCGACUGUGGACUGGCGAUAAUUUCCUGCGAAACGAAUACAUGGAUGAUCCUCGCAACACAAUCGCGGACUGGAUCACCUUUCAUAAACAUGCCGCAACCACAACCCUGGAACCUUUCGCAUUCCCUCACCAUACCUUCAUACACACCACCGAUACUCUUUUUGCCGACCCAAAGAUGUGGUUCUCGGCUCUGACGAAGUGGGCUAAAACCACCUCCCAUUCUUCCUGUGUCAUCGAUCCCAACUUUGUACUCUUGACUCUCCAUGCCCUUGCCGAUGUGUUCAGAGACAGUCAAUUUGCUGAAUACGCUAUUGCAGUAACUUUCGCGUGUGAUAAUGCUCUUGGCAAGAAAUAUGCAAAGCGAUUGUUGAAGGGGCGAUCAUCAAACCUGAGACUUUACAAUGCAUUUGCUCUCAUGCAUUGGCGGACCGGCGAUCUUGACAUUGCUCACAAUGUGUGGUCCACCGCUUUGUCUAUGAGCCAGAACUUUGACGCUCUCGAGCUCACUGACUCUGCACUUUUGUGGAACUCGUGGAUUUGGGAAAUGCUCCACGCUGGGCAAAAGAAUCGAGCGUCAUACCUGUUGCAAGCUAUGCCGUAUAAUCGAGUGCACUUGCUAUCAUACGACACAAGCGAUGAAAUUGAACUUAAUCAAACCAAUUUUCUCAGGGUCAAGAAGUGCUUGUUUACCGCUCAGCAAAAUGCAUUGAAUUUCAAGAAAAUGCAAGCGUACGCAGCUUACGUCGACUGCUAUGCCAUUGUCCUCUAUCUCAUGGGCGAGCCACUUGAAGACGUCCUCGAAGUCUACAAUAAUGCCACCACUUCCCUUAGAGUCCUACCCAGGAGCUAUGAUGAUUUCACGGUGUUCGGCGGAGAAUUGCUGCACCAAUCUCGAGCCCGAAUGCUGUACCACUAUGUGGAGAAGCAGAGUGGCCAAUUCAGACCUGCCGACGUUCGCACGUUGCUACUGGAUAGCCUAGAAUGGUGGCCUCACAACACCAUGUUCUUGUCGCUGUUCAAAUGGAACGAGGCUCGGCUUCAUAUGAGCGACCGAACCCGCGAUAUCUUCGAUGUUACCAUCGGAGCGAAAGCCAGGGCCGCUCUGGAUCUACGAGGACCUGCCCCAAUCUACCGUGUGCCUGUCACAACUCACCUUUUUAGCAUCUACGCUGAAAUGGGCCGCCCUCUCAUGCUCGGCUCGACCCCCCACUCAAUUCGGGCGGCAUUCGAGCGAGCGAUUGGCAAUGCCGGAGUCGUCCCAAUAGGGCGGACUCCAACACGGAAGAGUCCCUUCGAGCUGGCAAGCUCGACCUCCGCGCAGAGCAACCUCACCAUCUGGAGGUUAUACAUCCUCUACGAACUGUACGCGGACUACAACGUCGGCCGCGCCCGCGAGAUCUACUUCCGGGCCCUGCGCUCCUGUCCCUGGUCGAAGGAGCUGUACCUGCUUGCCUUCGAGCACUUGCGGGCGGACUUGACCAACCGCCUGCCCCCCCUGCCGCCUCAACCGGCAGGGGGAGGUCAACCCUUCGGGGUUCGACCCUGA